AAGAUCUUGUUUUGAUUUGCUCAGGGUAAGAACAUUUGGUUGAUUGAUAGCAUCGAUGGCUGACUCGAUAGUGAGCAUGGUGGUUCAGUGUGCGUUGCAAGGGAGCUUGUCGAUCCACGAUACGGUGAUUGAGAAGAGGCCAUACCAUCGGAACUGCGAGUGUGCACUUCACAAGUCGAAAGAAGGUAAAGGUUCCGGCAUAUGGUGUUCGGAGAGGAACCUAUCGCUUUCAAAGAAGGCGAGAGGAUCUUUGAUCAUGUCAGCCUCGUCUAGUGGUCGAGUUAAUUCACGUUCAAUCUUCAUUGGUACUUCUCGUGAGUGGGCCAUGAACGAUGUGAAAUUAGAGAGACCAUCGAAUUUUUCAGAGAUGAUAUAUACAUACAUAGAAAUUGAACUAGUGAGGGAGGGGAGAACUUUUCGAUUUCUUGGUUAUGAAUUGGAGAAAUAUUUCAUUCUUUGUUGGGAUUUGCGCUUGAUUAAAAGAGUUUGGUGAUUACGGGCCUUUGGGCCUAGCUGUCUGUCUAUAACCAAAAUUACGAGCUGCCGCAAAAUUACGCAAAGUCUAGCAGUUGAGUUCUGCUUAUUGUAUAAAAUGGGCCUUAAUAACAGUUCAGAAGAGUUUACUCCUUUGGUUUUGUAUGGGCUCACAUUGGACCCAAACCAAAUCCCUAUCCGGUCCAAAAGUUAAAGUUUGAUACUAUUUGACCUUACAAAUAUUUUAUGUUUGAUUUUAUAUAUUUUUUGUUGGCAUACUCAAAAAGUUCGGAACGAGUUAAAUGACAAUUUUGCAUAUGAUUCACUCAAAAUCAGACAUAUAACUAUGCGAGUGUAAGUGUGUACCUAGGACUCCUCGGGAGGAAAAGGGAUAAUUACAUAUAACAAGUACGUAAUUGAUAAUAAAAAAUUAGAACGCGUCUAAUCGAGAGUGCUUGAUUCAUGGACACACUAAUAUUCUUAUUACAGUUCGAGUUACAUACUUCAUUUUUUUUUUUGUGAAGAGGUUGGUUAUCAUCAUUUUUUUUAUAGGUAUGUUUUUUAUGGUUUUGGUACUAUUUAAAAAAAAUCAAACCUACGACCUUCGGAUUUGAAAAGUAGUGGUAUUAUCAAUAAAUUAGUACUUCUAAGUUUUCAAUCGUAUUACGUCGGUUAUCUAUUGCCAAUGUUGUAAUAUAUCAUUUUUAAAAAUUGGAAACGUGAAAGAGAAACAAAGUUAUCCGAGUAAACUAUCACGUACGGUAUCAACAGCCAUAAUUACUACACAACUACGUACGGUACGUAGAAAUUGGGUAGGGGAAAAAAAUUAAAAAAAAUUACUAAACGACCAAAUUGCCUUGUCGUAUGUCAACAUCGAUCUAACCGUGGCAGGCAAAGAUCCCCACAGUAAAAACGUUGGCCAAAACCGUAAAAGACAAGCAGAUUUCAUCCUGGAAUUACUACAAAUUCACUACUACGACGGGGGCAUAUUCCAAAACCGGCGAACGAAAUUUCGUCGUUUACUUCUUUCGUGCUCGUCGUUUUUGUGGCAACGUACGUAGAAGUUUUGCUUCGUUUGUUUAGUGUUUACUCCACACUUCCUUAAUUAAAUCUCCUCAAAGCACACACACAAUCAUAUAUAAUCAUCAGCUCAUCAUCACUAAUCUUCCACCACAUUCGUAUCAUCAAUCAAAGCUCGAGAUCGUAUUCGAACCCACGAGAGAGAGAGAGAGAGAGAGAUCGAGGCAGUACAGCUGAUUGUCGUAAUUAUAUCUGAAUCGUUCAGACUGCGUUGUUGUCAUGUCUGAAUCGUUCGGCUUGGUGUUCGACGCUUGCAUCUCGAUCUUCGACAUGGAGAAGGAGAGGAGGCCGUACCAUCGGUUCUGCGAUUGUGCACUUCACAAGUUGAAGAGGUCAUCUAGCCUUAAACAUUCUUCUUCUUCUUCUUCUAGUAGUAGUGGUGGUGGUGGUGGUAAUGGUGAUGGCAACAUUGGUAGCGCUUGUUUGAGGAGGUCGGUGACAUUUCCGGGGGACAAGAAAGCGGCGGCGAAGUUGAUGAACCACCGGGGAAGGUUGUCUUUGGCUCAUUGGGUCGAGAGAACCAAUAAGAGGGCCGCCGGCGGCGGCGGCGAUAAAAUGGGCACAAAAUUUCUGAUUGAGGAUUAGAAUUAAAGUGUUACGUUUUAAGUUGAGAUUAGAGUGAAAUGGGUAUUCUUUUUAUUUUUUUAUUUUAGGUGGUUGGAUUCUGGAUAUGUUAUGUGUUUCUUAGUAGAAUAUUAAUGUACAUGUCAUGAGAUCCAUGUCAUCGCAUUCAUAACAUCAAAUUAAAAGUGUAAUUUUUUUCAUCGUUGUAUGAACUCAGAUUUGUGCACGAAUUAUUGUUAGGUACUAGUGAAUUUUUUGGCUAGCAAAAUUUGACGAGCCUUAAGAUUUUCUUGUACAUUUUCUCCAGAUGAUGCAAAUGCCAAACGAUAUACAAGAUUUAUCCAGUGAUCGUGAAACCGAAUCCGAGAUCAAACAUUCUCUAAAGAGGUUUGUUCAUUAGUCUUUCAAAAUUUUCAACGCUGUGAUUGUGGGAGAAUUGGGUGGGUCAUCGAUUUAGGUAGUGAGUGGUGAGUUCAUAAUUGAGAAGUUAUUUAGUGUAGCUUUUUCGUCGCAUGAUGCCUUAGAUGAGUGAGGUGAAGCAAACUAUCAUGGUCUCUUUUUGUUGGUGUUGUUAUGAUUCCUUAUUGAUGAUCCAUGGUCGUGUGAUUUUCUCAUGUUUGAUCGAUGAAUUUUAACUUCGAAUGAUUUUGCCUUUGAAUUAUUGGAGCAAAGUGAAUACAAUUAUUGUUUUCAUCGCAGACGCAGACAAUCGAUGAAGUUUAAAAUGGGGAAUUAUGAGGGUUUCAAUUCUAUUCGUUCACCUCUCGAUUCAAUCAUUCCAUUAGCAUCUCACUAGUAUUCUUCCUUGUGAUGAAAAUAUAUCGCAUCAUAUUGG